AUGCCUCCCCGCCGCCGCUCGAGCUCCGGCUACCGCGGCGUCCGCGCGCGGCCGAACGGCACCUUCUACGCCGAGAUCCGGAGCGGCGACGAGCGCAUCGGGCUCGGGACGUUCGAGACCGCGCACGGCGCGCGCGUACGACGCGGUCGCCGGCGCCUCGGCCGCUCCCGCCGCUCGAUGAACUUCGACGAUGUUUGGACGCGGCAGCGAGCGGCAGCCCUUGCGCCGCUGCCGCCGGCCGUCACGCGCGAGGAGAGGCAGCGCCAGCGCGAGCUCGAGCAGCGCCUCGUCAUCGCGGAGCACGAUGAGCGCAUGCGCCUCGAGUGGGCGCGCCAGUUCCCGGAGGACGUCGCCGCGGUAGAAGCCUUAUAA